AUGUUCUGCGCGCUAACAGUAGUUGAAAAGAUGGAAAAUUUCAGCACUCUGCCAAUGGGAAUAAUGGCCAACAAUGCGCCGGUACCGCUCUCGAAGCGAAAAGGAUGCGCUAUCGAUGAGCUCCUUCAGUCGAAACGAAAUACGAGCUCGACACUGUACCGCAAGAUGCUCGAGAGUCUCGUCGAGCGAAAAUCGGAGUUUCUGCGGGCUCAGAAGCGCGCGUCGAUGUUCGUCGACACGCGUUGCGUCAAUGAGUUGUGUGUGAUGAACGAGUUCGCCGAACUUUAUCAGAACGUCGAGAAUAUUUCGCAAACUGAUAGCGCCAAGAAAACACUGCUCGAAGAUAUUGUGAAAGAAUCGAUCAUCAUCGAAUGGCCGCGUACGUUUCCCGGUGUCUCGUCUAGCGGUCUCGACGCCGAAAUCGAUUUCGCGCCGCUCAUUCAUCGCGCUCGCAACGUCGUAAAAUGCCGAACGAGCCAUCCAACGAUGCGAGUGAAGGUUUUCGCGUUGACGCAUGAGACAAUCAACGUCGAGGUGUUGUUCCGCGCGACGCUCGUCAAACUCGCCAGCGAUAACGGCGACUCGAGGUAUCGGCAAGUUGCCGGCCGAAUGAUAUUGACGCAACGCGAAGGGAUUCCCGUCACGAAGAGUCAAGAGCGGAGCGGCGCGGUGGUGAACGCCGAUGGCAAAUUGGUUACGUACCACGACAAUCCGUCGACGAACGUCCUCGAAUUGAUGGGCGAGGGUCCGGUGAAAUCGACGCGUUUGAAAUUUGAGAACGGCGUCUUGUGCGCGACGUUUCCUGAGAUGGGAGUCACGUUGAAUUCGAUGAUCGAUCGCCGACAACUAUCGACGAGAUAUGCGAUUCAGGUGGAAGUCGGACUCAUCAUCGACGGCAAGAUUGAAUUGAAGCAUACAAUUGUCUCUCAUCCAUUCCUUAUUGCGAUCACCAAUGAUCAGACGGAACCGCUUCUUCAAUCAAUUUUUUGGCAUCGAUUAGUGGAUUUUGACCAUGAUAAUUCCAUUGAUAUUCUUCCCGAGCACUCGAAACUUUCUUGGGGGAUUCUUCGGCAUGCGAUUCGGGCGUUUAUCAAGUGCCAGCUGCCGACCGCCCGAUUUCUGACUCGCUAUGAGAUCCUUCAUAUUCAGUGCAUGGUGUUCUUGCCGCGUGUCAUGUUGUGCAAUUCGACCGACGCCAUCCAGAUCACCGAGCUCACGUUGUUCGGCAACAUUCAAGAUGCGGAUGAUGCGAGCAUUAGAGGCGAGCAGAAGAAGAUCCGUCAACGCCUUCUCACCGAAUUCGUCAUGGAUUAUUGUUCAGUUGAUCGCAAAGAGUUUAUGACGGACAAAUGCCUAUCGCUUCUUGACAUGUGCUCGGAAUUGCCGCACUCGACGUGGCAAUGGCUUCAGCGAGCUUCUGAGAUGGUGCAGGAUGUUGGGCACAAGUUGUGUCCCACGCCGGUCGUUGAUCGAAAAUCGACGAAGACGAAAAAGCAGAUGGCGGCGGCGGAGGAUUAUCAAACGAUGUUGAGCUUGUUCAACAAGGGGUUUAUUACGAUUUGCUCAACGCACGCUGUCAAGCAAUUUUUGAAGUCUGAUCGAAAAUCGGCGAUGCUUAUGCGAUUCUGCGAUGAGAAUUGCGGUCACUUCUCGUUCUGCUAUGGGAUUUCGAAGGAGAAACCCAUAAUUGGCUCGAUAUCUGCGGAUCGCGUCAAGGAUUUCAAGCAAGGCCUUCCGGAGGUUCUCAUGGAUGAGCGAUAUCCAUCAAAAUUUCCCGAGCUUAUUCGCAUGCCGGUAAACGACGAUGAGGAUCAGCAAUCGACCUAUGUGUUAAAGCGCGAGAUUUUCCACAACUACUCGACGCAUCGAAAAGAUAUGGAGAGCGUUUCGAUACUUGACGACGAGACAUGCCGAGUUGACGCGUUGUCGGGCGCACAAUUAGCACGCGCGACGCCGCCCCCUUCGACGAGUCACCAGCCGAAUUUUGAGUUUUCCUCAUUGAUUGGCAAUGAUCAAAUUGCUCAAUCGCUUUUGCAGUUGUUUCAAGCGAAUGUGGAAAGCUAUAGGGAAACUGUAGAGCCUUCAUGCUCAACAGCCGCUAGUAGCCAGAAUGACGACGAGCCUGAGCCAACCUCAAUCGACAAGAUCCUUCGAGAAUCGAUGCGAACCGCUGAAACCGAAGAGGACCCGACGAAGCAAAUUGCUCAAAUGCUGCUCAAUCAGUACAAAUAA